UGUGUUUGUGUGCGUGCGCGUGUGUUGGAAAACUAAAUGUUCUUGUGUUGCACAGCUGAACAGAAAAGCACGAGGAGAAAAAUAGAAUCUUUAUCACUAAAUGGGUUUCAGUACUUUGGCUGUCUACUUUAUGGUACUGUAUCUAUCACUGCAUAGGGGCUACAAGGAGGACUUUCCCGCCUCUCCUCUCAGCCACCUCUAAUCCUCCUAAUCCUUAUCAGGGCUGGUAAAUCUGUGUUAUUAAUUUAGCCCCAGUGCUUUAUACGUGUCAGUGUUACAUGUAACUACAUUUUGAUAUUUUGUCCAAUUAGCUUCUGGACACCUGCUUGGACAUUCCGCUGCACAUGUGAGUGGUUCUGACAGACAAGAGGAAAAUGGACUCUUCAGUUGGAGGCCAAGGUAUACAGCAGGAGUCCUAUUGUCACUCUCAAGAUACAAUUUACACUAAUGUUACCCUUUGGGCUCUCAGUUUUGUCAAGGACUCAAAAGAUCUGCUACUAUGAGGAUAUCAGCCACCACCCCAAACUUCGACAUGACACUUGACACAGGACCACCAACAGCACCAAACAGGGGCGUCGAAAUGAUCGCGCCUCAGCCAGUCCACAAUCACCCGCUCAACACGAACAACAAUAAUGACAAUGACGAAAAAAAAGAAAAACAAGAAAAAGGAGAAAAUGAAAAGGCUGUAGAACAGCCUAAAGAAAUAUUUGUCAUCAACCCUGCUGGAAAUCUCUAUUAUAACUGGCUCUUCAUCAUUACAUUGCCAGUUAUGUACAACUGGACCAUGAUUAUCGCAAGGGCGUGUUUCGAGGAGCUGCAGCACAACUACAUCCUUUACUGGGUUUUAUUUGACUACAGCGCAGACCUUAUCUAUCUGGCUGAUAUGCUUGUCAGGACCAGAACAGGUUACCUUGAGCAGGGCUUGCUUGUCAAAGAUGAGAAGCUGCUCCGCGACCGCUAUGUCAACAGCUUCCAGUUCCAGCUGGACAUUGUUUCCAUGUUGCCCACUGACAUCCUCUAUCUCCCUCUGGGUCUGGACUACCCAGAGAUUCGCGUAAAUAAACUUCUAAGAAUUGGUCGCAUGAUGGAGUUCUUCACAAGGACGGAGACUAAAACCAACUACCCUAACAUCUUCCGUAUUGCAAACUUAAUCAUGUACAUUCUCAUCAUUAUCCACUGGAAUGCCUGCUUCUACUUCUCAUUUUCAAAAUCAAUUGGUUUUGGGUCAGACGAAUGGGUUUACCCAGCACUCGAUGAUCCAGAGGAGCCUGCUUUUGGCCAGCCCAUGAGGAAGUAUGCCUUCAGCCUCUACUGGUCCACAUUAACCCUGACCACAAUCGGAGAAACACCACCACCAAGCCUUGAUUCCGAAUUUAUCUUCCAUGUGGUUGACUUCUUAGUUGGGGUUCUUAUCUUUGCCACCAUUGUGGGAAAUAUUGCUACCAUGAUCUCCAACAUGAAUGCUGCCCAAGCCCAGUUUCAGGCUCGAAUUGACAACAUUAAACAAUACAUGCAGGUCCGAAAGGUCAGCAAGGAUCUGGAACUGCGUGUCAUCAAGUGGUUUGACUACCUGUGGAACAAUGGCAAGGCACAGGAUGAGCGCGAGGUAUUGUGGUAUCUUCCAGACAAGUUGAAAGCCGAGAUCGCCAUCCAAGUUCACAUGGAGACACUCAAGAAAGUUCGCAUCUUUGCAGACUGUGAGGCAGGCCUGCUGAUUGAGCUAGUGCUCAAGCUACGGCCUCAGGUAUUCAGCCCUGGAGACUACAUCUGCAAGAAGGGUGAUAUUGGUCGUGAGAUGUAUAUCAUCAAAGAUGGAAAACUUGCAGUGGUUGCUGAUGAUGGUGUUACUCAGUUUGUGGUGUUGGGAAGCGGAAGCUAUUUUGGUGAGAUCAGUAUCCUUAAUAUCAAGGGCAGCAAAGCAGGCAACAGGCGGACAGCCAACAUUCGCAGCAUCGGAUACUCAGACCUCUUCUGCCUGUCCAAGGAUGACCUCAUGGAAUCACUGGUGGAGUACCCGGACGCUAAAGGCAUGCUGGAGGAGAAGGGCCGACAGAUCCUGAUGAAAGAUGGCCUGAUUGACUUGGACCCAGCUAACAUCAAGCCGGAGGUCAAGGAGCUGGAAGAGAAAGUCAGCAGGUUAUACAGUACAAUGGAUCUGAUGCAGAUCAAACUAAAGAAGAUUUUAGAAAAAUACAAAAAAACUGAUAAGACUCUGUGGCAUCGCAUCACUGACCUGGAGCGUCUGACAGGAGAGGAGGUAGAGGAUGACGACGAGGGGGAGGAGGAUGUGAAAAAGGAAAUUCAAGUGGAAGAGAAGAAAAUUGAAGAUGAAGCUGGAGUGGAUGAAGUAGGCAGAGAGAAAAAGGAAGAGAUGGGACAAGAAGAGAGGGCAGAAAAAGAAAAAGGCAAACACAUGAAGAAAGACGAUGACCACGAAGACAAAAAAUAACUAAAACCCAUAGUUAAUAAUUGGACAUGCUGAUGUAACCAUAUAUAUAUAUAUAUAUAUAUAUCAGCACGCUUUCCGAUUCUAAUGCUUUUUUAUGAUUAGGGGUGUAACGAUUCAAGGACGAUAUCGGCUCAUCUAGAACGAUACAAUCCGAAACGAUUCAGUGGCUUGAAAUCGAUUCAGUAACUUUUCAGCCAAAAAUUCAACCAGUGUGACUGUGUACUAAAUACCUGGAUAUUGGACAGUGCAGGUGAAAUUUCCUAAAUUACUUUUGUUUCUUGUAAAUGUGUGAGGUAAACUUUAUGAUGGGUAUACAGUAAUACACAAACAAUAAACAAGCAUUCAUGGCAAAUGCAUUUUCAGUUUGAAUAAAGUGCAAGUAACAUUUCUUCAGGUUGGAUUAACAGUAGGUUUACCUGCUAUUUCUGAUGUUGUUUUUCAACAUAGAAAUAAUACAAAUGCUAAGAAUAAACACACUUACUGUAAUUGAACGCAAAAUACGAACUGGUCAAAUGGUGUCAUCAUAUUUAUGAAUACCCACUCACUUGCUGUCACAAUGUGUGCCGUUGUGUUUAUGUAGCUCUGAGUAGGUUGUAAUCUACAACUAUGUUAUGUUAGCGUUUUUCUGAAGUACAGUACAUCUGUGAUGGAAUUUCGUGUUCACCAACCUUUUAUCUUCGGUGCUGUCAUGAGGAAAACCUGUUUGAAAUGUCUUACAAAUUGAUGUUUGCCUCGCUUGCUUCUUGGAUCUCUGUGAUCUCAACUUAGUAGCUUCAAGUUCUCAUAUUACUUGUUUACUUGUAUUCCUCCUCAAUUGUUUUUUGAUUACUUCAGAACUAAAAUGUGUCCAUACUUCUGAAUUUAAGCUUCACGGGACAUUUGCAGGACAUUCGCAUUUGUUUUGUGCCAUCCUCCUUUCCUGCACUGCGGAUGCACAUCUCCACAGUGGUUUGCUACUCAGACUGACCCAAUCAAUAGCACCAGAAUAAACCUACACUGUACCUGCGUGGGUUUUCUCCGGGCACUCCGGUUUCCUCCCACAUCCCAAAAACAUGCAUUAAUUGGAGUCUCUAAAUUGCCUGUAGGCAUGACUAUGAGUGCGAAUGGUUGUUUGUUUCUAUGUGCCCUGCGAUUGGCUGGCAACCAGUUCAGGGUGUACCCCGCCUCCUGAGAAGCGGCUCAGAAAAUGGAUGGAUGGAUGGAUAUUUAAGUCCAGAAGGCUAACUUGCCGAGCAGAGAUUGAUCCAGUUGGAUCAUUGGAAUACAAAUCGAUACAUUGAUAUAUUGAAUGACUCGUUACACCACUAUACAGUAUAUAUACAUACAUACAUACAUAUAUAUAUAUAUAUAUAUAUAUAUAUAUAUAUAUUUAUUUAUUUAUUUCUUUUAUUUUUUUUUGGGUCAAACUUGUUUUCAACCUUAAGUUACAUUUUUUGCUUUCCCAGUAAUGGCACUGGACAGGAGCUUCAAUGGUCACUGAAUGGUAAUGUUCAGAAUCUUUCUUAGCUGAAGGCUUUACUCAUAGCUGAACCAUUCCUUUUUGGGGGGAAGAUUUAAAAUAUAUAUCUCUAGGUGAUCAAGUUGAUUCACAGAGCCUCAAUAGCGCCACACAAAGCCUGGCACCUUCGCCUUGUGCGGUUCCCCAGGCUGGUCAGACACUUCUGUGGAAUGGCAUAACAUUCCUCGACCAGGAGUCAUCCCAAGUCAGCCAACAUGGUUGUGUUGGUCAACCUGGUACGAACAAUACGCUUAAGCUGAUCGGGCAAGUGUUCAGUACGGUUGAGGGCAAAUCGAUUGUCGAGCUCCUCCAUUCUUACUACCCCCGAAUUGUGGAGAUAGUCUCGGAAAAAUACCACCCCUGGGUGCAAGUGCUGGAGGAUGGAGUUUGGUCGCCAAUUGUGGAGCUAAACCAUCAGUUGUAAAGUAUAAUCUUAUAGUUCUGCAAUGAGAUUGCCUUCCACAUUGAAACACCUUGUUUUCCCAGGGAUUGAGAUGCUAGUAAAAAUGUGGACGUACAUGAGGAUCAAAACCCAAAAGUUAAUAGCAACAGCAGAAUAAGUUACAGUACUUUGCAUUCACAGUGAAGAUUUUAAACAACUUGCAUUAGUACAGAACACACCUUAGUUUCCUAAUUAAUUAAUUUCCUAAUUUUCAGUUCAAUGGCAAGUAACGUUGUUUCAACAUAGAAAAACACAUUUUCAAAGGUUUCAUUAUAUGUUUAAAUGUGGUGGCUUUACAUAAAGCAGCUUUGUGUCA